AUCAACAAUGGCGUCCCCGAAUUGGUGAUCCGCGGGGCCUAAACCAUGUCGAAAACGGGGGCUCUUCAUGGCCCAAAACAUGGCGGCGCCCAUGAACCCAUAGAUGAAGCUCAAACUUAUCGUCUUCAAACUACACAUCGAAUUCACGAUGUCUGUGUCAAAGAAUCUACCUCGGAAGUGCCAUGUCUCGAAACUCAUUCGUUCGUUUCCUCCAUGUCUUUGUUACCAGACACCCUUCCGCUCGACGAUGGCGUCGGUUGUGAGGAAAUGUCGACGAUGGCGAUGGAGGAAGACGAUUGUGUGGCCAACCUCCCCGAAGCUGAAGAAGAAGAAGGAGAUGCAAAUGCACUUUCUCAAGGUGGGCUCGAUAUUGUCGUUUCGGGUUCUGACGGUCAUCUCAACUGGUUGAAAUCGAAGGAUUUUCAGCUUCAUAAGGUAUUGACUGAAGGAGACGGUAUGGAUUUCCAGGGUAAUACGAUCAGUAUUCUAGAGCGUCCUGCUUUGAAUUUGGACGGAAAAGAUUCCAGCUCGGUCCUGGACUCCUCCCUCUUUACUGUAAUUGGUUCCGACUCGGAGCUUCCAGAUAAUUUACAGGACUUGGUGUUUUCAUCAGCUUUACCAGACGCUACUGAUGAGAGUGUGAGAUCUUCCUUAAAAUCUCAAGCCGUAGCCGUAAGUGAUGUGCAAUGUUUUACAGUUGGUUCGUAUCCGUUAGUUUCUACGACUGGUCAGUAUCACAGUACCGGUCAGAGUUUUGCUGUGGAUGGCUCAAGUGAUAUUGCUAACAAUCUCUUUCAUUCUGACUCUCUCGAAGAUUCUCAUGCAUCUGCCGCCAUCUCAACACCGGCAUCUUGUAACAGUAUCGGAGACCCCCAUAACAUUUUACUGUCUGUUCCAAGCAACUGUGUGAAUGACAACUUUGAACACUUUUCAGCAGGUAGCUCUGACUACCCAGUGUCAGAGUUUGCUGUUGAAAAGCAAGCUGUUGCUUGUGAUGAAAGUCAUCAGUUGUUUUCAUCUGGCACCCAUUCAUCGCUACCAUCUCUUCAUGUGUCAGGGGUGUCUGUCAGCACUCCCUCUGCUAGUCUUUCGAAUCUCGGUGAUACAAGUGAGCUCAAUCUGAACAGCUUGCCAAAUUUUUUAGGUCUGGAUAACGGCUCAUCAAAUCCAUCCAUCAGCACACUUCUCGAUGGCCAGUCCAUUAAUUUGUUAGACUCAUCAUCAGUGUCAUCAGUACCUCCGGACCAAGCAUUGAUCAAAACUGAGUACUUACAACAGCCACAAGGAGUCUCCACUGAUCUCACUGGUUCAGACAUCAGUGUCACAACCAUUUCUAUCUCGAAUGAUGAUAAAAAUGCUACAAAAAUCAUGGUGAACACGAACCAAGGACAGCCUCAGAUGUAUGUUAUAAACACAACAAAUCUGAGUUCCAGUGAGAGCACAAAAUCAAUGCUAGGCCAGGGACAGCAAAUGUAUGUGAUCAACACUUCAGACGUUAACCAGAAUCCGUUGCUUUCUCAAAUGACGGAAGGAGCGGGGAAUGUCAAAGCGGAAGUUGUAAAUGACUCUGGACAGAUCCUUUCUGCAAGUGCAAGCAAUGCUAGUGCUGAAAACAAUUUUGCUGCAGCAGCAGUGGGAGAAAUUCCAGCAGGGUUUAUACUUGUUCCAGUGGUUGAUAAUGCGGCAAACGUUAUACAGACUGUUUCAGUCCAGGGUGCGGAGGAAGAUGCAAACUUGAAGAAAUCUCAGAAAAAACUGUUGAGGUGUUCAGAACCAGGCUGUAUGAAGACUUUCAAGAAAGCGUCAAAGCUGAAGGUUCAUGAAAUGCUGCACACAGGAGAAAGACCAUACAAGUGCACUCUUUUGGGAUGUGAAUGGGCUUUCACGACUCCUCAUAAACUGAAACGGCACAUGGACUCUCAUGAAGGUCGCAAGGAUUUUGUGUGCGACCACCCAGGAUGUGGCCAUAAGUUCACCACGGUGUACAACCUGAACACACAUCGCAAGCUCCACGAGCGCCCGUGCACUGAGCCGUGUCCGGAGGCUGGCUGCAACAUGAGCUUUCCGACGAAACGACAGCUGGAUUUGCACCUGCGAAACGUUCAUGAUUACGAGGACCGUACGUUCAAAUGCCCCCACCCGGGCUGCGAGAAAGUGUUCUUCUCCUCUAGCUGUAUGGGCUCCCACAUGCGCGUGCACCAGCAGAGCGUGGAGGAUCUGCGCUGCAAGUUCCCCGGCUGCGGCAAAAUUUUUGCCCGCAUGUGCCGACUGAAGCAGCACGAGAGACUGCACACCGGGGAGAAACCGUUUAUUUGUGAUUACGAGGGCUGCACAUGGGCCUUUGCCACUGCCAGCAAACUGAAGAGACAUCAGACGAGACACACGGGUCUGCGGCAGUGGGUGUGUGAGGUGUGCAAGAAGUCCUUCCACCGCUCGGAGCAUCUCAAGGGUCACCUCAUCACGCACAGCGGGAGCAGGCCGUUUGUUUGCCCGGUGGAGGGUGAGUUUUUCUCAUGGAUUCUUUAACACUUUGCCGCCG